AUGGUUUGGAAAAUCUGCCCCAAGCCUAAAAAGCAGAACCAAGAGGCUAUGUCUAAAUCACCGGGAACUGAAUUGGUUGCAGUUACCAAUAAUGUUGUCCUAACCAAAAAGAGCGAAUUCGAAGGGUUCCCACUCGACAUUAUAAACAUACUCUUCGAUAUACUACUCGAGCGAGAUGAAAUGACUUCCAUCACUUGUCUUGCCCUUACAUGUCGAAACUGCUGGAAUCUCUACCAGGGUAAACCAUGGAAGAGAUUUACUAACUUCGGUACUGACUUCUAUGAAAUACGUUUUAUCGAGUUGAUUGAAACCUGGAUUGGCCCAGGCUACCGUCGUAUUGGCCAUAAUAGUCGGGUUAUUGAAACACCUUUUCUAUCGCGUGCUGUGUAUGGGGACUUUCCAGGAGUGGAGGAAAAAACUUUGGCUUGUCAAUGGCAAGACUACAAGAGAUUGAAUACUCAUGAUGAAGAGACGUAUAAAUUGAUUUAUCAUGUUCCAAAACCUUUCGGUGUGAGCGUGGAUAACUGGUUUCGUCUCGCUGCACGGCAAUUUAAGAAUGAAGUUUUGAGCUGGGAGUCUUGGACUCGCCAGAGGGAGAGACUAGCUGCGUCUUAUCGUCAUUCAAACUUGUACCGUUGGUUACUUUCCAACGGUGGUCAAAAGUGGCUUCUUUCUCACAGGAAGUAUCAGAAGACUGAGAUUUGCAACAAUAAUUCGAUGGCGGUAUUGAUUUAUUUUCCGGAUGAAGGCCAAUCUUGGCCCAUGGAGCCCGAGAAAUCUAAGCCAACUGGGAAGGGAACAAAGGCGCGGAAGCUCUGGAAAUCUGGCAGAUUGUAA